AUGGACGAGAUCCACUACCGCAAGAUGGAAAGGCCGUGGGAAAUCGUGCCGCGGUAUGCGAAGAAACGCGUGACGGACCUCGUCGGCAUUCUCAGCUCUGCGGACCGGAUGGAGAUUGAGCAGAUAAUUGACAAGAUGCAAUCGCUGUGCAAGACGGACAUGCACGUGGUGCUCGUGCCGACAGUGGGCUACACCACCCCCAAAGCCUUCGCGAACUCGAUUUUCUUCAAUUGGGCCAUCGGAGAGCCCAAUGGCAACGGCCUGCUGCUCCUUAUUGCACAACGGGAGGCGACAGUGCAGCUCAUCAGCGGCUUGUCCAUUGAGGAGUACUUCGACAAUCACUUCCUCGCACCCGCCGUGUGCGAGGUGUUUCAGCCGCUUGUGCGCGAUGGCAAGCCAAGCCAGGCGACGGUGCAGCUCGUGUACGCAAUCGCACGGCAGGCGCUGGAAAUGCACACGCGGUGGGAGAAGGGGCUGCUGGCGCUGCCAACACGCAACAAGGUUCGCUUCGUUGGCAAGACAAUGCGCUACGGGAUGAGGCAGGUGCCUUACCUUGUCGUCGGUGUGCUCUUCUUCACGGCCUGCACGGUGUGGCUCGUGAGCCAGCUGCUCGACACGGUGUGUCCGAAGUGUCAUCACCUCAUGAGCCGCGUCCGCGACGACGCUACGCUGCAGAGGCUGAUGACGCGAGGUCAGCACCUGGAGCUGAUCAACGGAUGCGCCUACUACCGUGUGUGGAAGUGCCCCUACUGCGCUGAGGGUCACAGCGUCGUGCUCUGCUCGCGCGACAUGCACCAGAACAGCAAGUGCCUGCAAUGCAUGGACUGCCAGUACUACACGUGUGGCUUGGAAAAGGAGAUUAUCAAGCUGCCGUCGAAGCACGAGGAUGGAUUGAAGAAGCUUACGUACAGCUGCGCUAACUGCCACAUCGGACGCGAGGUGCUGCUGCCGCUGUACAGGCCAGUUGAGAUGGACACUGAGAAGCCGUGGUAUGACUUCCUUGUCGAGGGCAGUCAGGCGCAAACGAAAGCGAGUGUGAACCUCAAGCUCUAG